GCCAGACUAUAUAACCAAUGUUUCAUCACGUUUCAUAUCUGGCAACAGUUGAACUGAAAAAUUUAUCUGCAAUGUCUUUAGAAUAUAUUAACAAUUACGUUCUCAUUAGAAUGUUAAAUAAAUUAGAUGAUUCAGUUUUCGAAGAAAAAAUAUUUUUAAUCGUGUUUCUUAAUUCGUUCUCAGAUUAUGAACCAAGAUCAACUUUGGUUGAACUAUUUUGUGGUAAAUGGCUCAGUAUUUGCUAGUAGGUUGGGAGCACUGUCUGGCUAAUGUAACAGACGACGCGUUGUUUUCAUUUCGGGCGCCGGUUACUUUUUAAUGUUUGAAACCAGAAACUUGUGAAAGGAGGUCUCCUGCUGAUAUGGCUGAACAUUUUUCACUGCGAUGGAAUAAUUUUCAUCGAAAUAUGAGUUCAGGGUUUCGCACAUUGUUGAUGGAAGAUUCCCUUGUGGAUGUAACAUUAGCUGCAGAUGGGCGGUUUGUACAGGCACAUCGCCUUAUACUGUCUGUGUGUUCACCAUAUUUCAAAAAACUAUUUUCAACAACACCAUGCAGUCAUCCAAUAGUGGUAAUGAAGGAUGUUCAUUUUAAACAGUUGACUGAUAUUUUGAGUUUCAUGUAUCAAGGAGAAGUAAAUGUACAUCAAGAAGAAUUAGCUGAUUUUUUGAAGACUGCUGAACUUUUACAAAUUAGAGGCCUUGCUGAACAGAAUGUUGAAGAUGUCAACGUGACAACUUUUAAGCAUGCUUCUUCUCAGAGUGCAUGCAGCGAGUCCUCUGGAACUCUACCUUCAAACAGUCAGUCUGUGUUAAGUCAGGGAACCCAAUCCCAUGUAAGACUUAAUCGAACUGCCUUUGAGCAGAAGCUGUCUGCCCAAGUGGGAUCCAGUGCUAAUAGAGUGCCUGCAGCAGCACAGUCAAUGUUGCAUCAAAGGUCAUCUACUUCAAAUCUUGCACCCCAGAUUUCAAUGAAGCAGGGCCCCUCUACGUCAAUGUUCAUAGGGGUGCAAGUGAAGGAAGAACUACCUGAUGCUCCUAGUGAGGUAGAUCAGGAUAUUGAUGCACAUGAGUACCUGACUGGUGAAAGUGGUGUUGAUGGGACUAGUCUCGAUGCCCCUGAUGUUCUUGGAAUUGGAGAAGCAGAACCUACUCAUGUUGUGGAGAAAAAUUUAUGUACUGCUCCAUCUGGUCAGGAUGGUGCUAGGAAAUCACCUGAAAGGAGUCAGAGCAAAUCUGACAGGGAGGGAGGAAGCUGUGUUGCUGAGCCACUAAAGAAGACAAGGCAUAGAAAGCAAAGGACAAUUGCUCUGAAUAAGAUAAGGCGUUUUCUAGUCACACCAAAGAGGUCAAGGCGAAUUGCUUUUGCUCGUAAAAUGAAAGGGAAGAAACAAGUUCUUCUCAAGGCUGGUUUGUCUUCUGAAAAUGUAGCUGAUGUUUCCAAACAGUUGUCUUCUACUAGUAGGAACACUUUGAACACAAAACCUUCUCCACAAAAUCCAUUGUUGCAAGAUCACAUUUAUGCUGCUCCAGCAACAAGUAUGAUGGCAGUUUGUGAGGACGAUAAUAAAGUUGUUCUAGAAGAAAUAGAACACAAAGAGGACAAUAAGGAUAUUUCUAAGAAAGAAUUUAAAGGUCAAGACCCCAAGAAGUUGAUUGCGCUUGAAGAUUCCAAGGACAAAAUAGAUACUAUAGUCAAACGUAAAGUAAAAGCGAAUGCCACAGGUAAAUCAAAAAAGUAUCACCCUUUGAGCAAUGAUGACAAAAAGGAUGAAACUACAAAUAAAAUAAAGAACAAAAAAAUUACACCAUUGAAGAAAACCAAGAAAGAAAAUUUACUUAAAAAUGGAAAUUCUCCUUUGAGACGGAAUAAUGUUAAUAAAAAGAAAAUAAUAGUAGUUAUAGCAGCAAAAAAGACCAAAUCUGCUGUUGCUUUAGCUAGGAAGAUUCAGCCUCCGAUUCGAAGUAGAACUCUGACUAAGAGACCUGGUGGUAUUGAAAGAUCAGGAAGUGGUGCAACAAUCCAUUUGCGAUCAAGUGCUCCUCAGUCGAACAAUGGUGCUAAGGACUCGACAGGAAGUGCAACGAAUGGACAAGCUUGUCGGCAUUCGGGCUGCCUGGGGUGCCGUGGUGGGAAUUAAGCAUGUUGCUCAAUAGUAAGGAAGGUUAAAAUCCAUGGGGAACAAGAGAUUGUAUAAAGCAUUAGUGAUUUUCUUUUAUAUUGGUGCCAUUGUCCUCUAUGAAGUAAAAUAUUUUAUUUUGCUUUUUGGAUGUAUUAGGAAAUGAUCUUUAUUUUUGUGCCUAAUAAUCUUUAGGAUAUGUUAGUGUGAUUUAUUUUGAAGAAUGUGUAUAUAUAAUUAAGUUGUAUGAAAUGAAUGAUAAUGUUAGAUUAUUUCUUCAAUCUUUACAGAGAAACAAACAAUUGUAUUUAUAAUAGUGUAAUAAAAUAGUGUAUUGAGGUUAUUUCUGUGAAGGUUUCAAUGGAAAGAGCAUCUUGAAGGGCUAGUGUUGGGAGGAUGUGGAUGGAUUUUGUUGAACCGUCAUUGACUGUAAGUGCUUACUGUGUUUAUAUUCACUUUUGCUAAAUAGUGAGAAGUGAAAUAUUAAGUUAUUUACAAUAGUAUAGCAUACAGCUAAUUGAUGUGCUUGUUAAGAUUUUGUUAAUUAAAUUCCUCGAUAAUGGCUUUAUUGAUAUUGGUAAAUAAAAUGCUUUGCUUCUUCUAUGUAGAAGUGUAAGCUUUUCAUUUUGUGGUAGCUAAGAGCUUUCUUAUGACAUUGGCUGCAGUUUACCAAGGGUCUCAAAAUUGAUUGCCAUUUUAAUAGAUUUACAAAGCAUGUAACAAUAUGUAAUUGUAAAUAAAGGUAUUAACACCCAAAUUUUUAUUCCUGAAGAUUAAACUGUUCUUUCAGCAUUGUGAAAAAUGGUUGGAAAGGCAUAAAUUUAUUUAUCUAACUUAUUGUGUAGAUAGAUAUUGAAAGAAAAGGGAAAAAUGUCUAUUGAUGUUUCCACUUCGUUCUGUAUUGUUUAUUAUGUACUGUACUGUUUAUGAUGUCUCAAGAACAACAUUUUUUUCUUAUAUUGUUUUAUGAACCUACCAUAAUUUCUUCUUUCUUUCAAAUGAGAACUGGGUGUAGGUUGCCAUGUAGCUGAAAUGUGCUAAAUUACAUUUUUUAUUAACAUUUCAUUCAUUCAUUCAAAGACAAAAUUUGAGAAUUCAAGGGGUACAGAAAUAAAUUUGAUAUUGUUAGAGACUGUAAUGAAAGAUAGCAAAUAUAAAAUAACAAACAUUUGGUGAGUGGUUGGAUACACCACAGUGAUUAUAAUCACACCCUAAAAUAACUAGAAGUUGAGACUAGAACUACAUUGGAAUGAACUUACUAUUAAACUAGUGGUGCUCAACAGCGCAUAAACUCUG